AUGCUGCGUCAAGACUCACCGUUCCUCAACCCUGGACCGGUGGCCAAGCCAAACCAACUCGCCAUCAUCCAGCUUUCCAAGGACGAUCUCAUUCCCGUGUACCUGCGCGAUACGAAAGGCGAGCAUGAUGGAUACAAGGAGGGCCAUGUCCUCAACACUCGCUUCGGCUCCUUCCCUCACUCCACCCUGAUUGGCGCCCCAUGGGGCUCCCAAGUCCGCGCCUCAAACGUUGACACCGGGUCUCGAGGCCGGAAAAAGAAGAAUAAGCAAGCCAAGGAAGCGGCUACCGAGGAAAAGGAUGCAGAAUUCACAGAGGAAGACGCCACGAACCUCAAGAGGAAAAGGGGUCCCAACGAUGAGGGUGAGAAGCGAGUCAAAGGCGCACCCGACCAGGCCGCUGCUGUAAUCAAGAAUAACACCGCUGAACAAGCUCGAGAAACAACAGUAUCCGGAGAUGUCGAGCACCACGUCGAGACCGAGACAAGCAAGCAGGCAGUACAAAAAUCAGAGUCGUCGAUACCGCCUCAGAAACAACAGAAAACCACAGCGGCGAGGAGCGGUUUCGUUUAUAUCCUUCCGCCAACGCCUGAGAUCUGGACAAGCAGCCUUCCUCACCGCACACAAGUCGUCUACACACCCGAUUACAGCUACGUUCUACAGAGGAUACGAGCCCGUCCGGGCACUAGGCUCAUCGAGGCCGGCUCUGGUAGCGGCAGCUUCACCCACGCCUCGGCACGGGCAGUGUACGACGGCGAGACCGGGUGCCACGACGGCAGUGGGCCCACUGGCAAAGUCUUCAGCUUCGAGUUCCACGAGCAGCGAUUUGAGAAGAUGAGGAAGGAGAUCGACGAGCAUGGCCUGAGCCGAGUGGUAGAGAUCAAUCACCGCGAUGUCUACAAUGAAGGCUUCCUAGUCGACGGCAAGAGUCCUGAGGCGGAUGCUGUGUUUCUGGAUCUGCCUGCGCCUUGGCUCGCGCUCCCGCACCUUUCGAGACGCAGGGUCAAGAGCGGCUCGGAGAUGGAGGGCAUACAGACGGGAGGUGAAGGCAAGGUUGAAGACGAAGAGAAGUGGAUAUCACCCCUCAACCCCAAGAAGAGUGCCUACAUUUGCACUUUCUCGCCUUGCAUCGAGCAGGUCACUCGCACGGUCUCGGAGAUGCGCAAGCUAGGAUGGGUGGAGAUUGACAUGGUGGAGAUCGCCCACAGGCGGAUCAAUGUGUUCCGGGAGAAGAUUGGUCUUGACGUCGUGUCUGACCGAGGCGCUCAGCAAGCACCUGGGAACGUCGCGGAGGCACUGGCCAAGCUGAAAGAGAUUGAGGCCAAGACUGCUGAGCACAACGCGAAGAUGUUUGCCAGCAACAGCAAGGCCAAGAAGACGGACGAGGAUGACGACAUGGAUGACUAUGCUCCUCUGCCCCCGAAGAUAAUUGCCGAAGGCGGUGCUCAGGCGUCCAAGAGUGCCGAAAACGGCACCAAGGAGGAAGCAGUCAAGCCCUUCCUACAAGGACGCCUGGUCACACGGCCCGAGGCGGAAACGAAGGCGCACACAUCCUACCUAGUGUUUGCCAUCCUGCCCCGCGAGUGGACCGAGGAAGAUGAGGCUGCAGUCGCUGCACAGUGGCCAGUGGGCGAGGAGCCGCCAAAGACCAUUGGCGCUAUGGACCGGGCAUCCCGCAAGGCGCAACGCAGGGAGAUAUUGCAGGGCAACCGCAAGAAGAACGACAAGUUGAAGAAUUCACAUGUUCAGAGGCUAGACCUGACGACGGAGGAGGCCAAGGCUCAGGCUCAAGAAAUCGAGGCUGAAAAGAUUGUGGAGGAUGCCAAGCUCGAUACGGCCAAGGCCGAAGAGGCAUAG